GCCGAAGGGGCGCGCCCGACCUCAGUCCUGCUGGAGCGCACGGAAGCCCCUCAGGCUCGGUCCCGAGAUGUUGGCCAGCAAGCGGGUGGCGAAGGAGCUGGAGGAUCUUCAGGCAGAGCUUCCCCCCUACCUACGGAACCUGUUCAGCGACGAUGCAGACGUCCUGGUGUGGCACGUGCUCCUCCUGCCUGAGGAACCACCCUACAACCUCAAGGCCUUCCACGUGCGCAUCAGCUUCCCUGAGGACUAUCCGUUCAAGCCCCCUACGGUGACAUUUACUACCAGGAUCUACCACCCCAACGUGGGCCAAGAUGGAAGCGUUUGCCUGCCCAUCAUCAGCCGUGAGAACUGGCAGCUUCACACCAAGACCAGCCAAGUCCUGGAGGCCCUCAGCGUGCUGGUGAAUAGACCGGACCUGCGGCAGCCGAUUCGGCUGGAGCUCGCCGACCUGCUGGCAGAGAACCCAGAGCGGUUCAACAGCGAGGCCCGAGAGUUCACCCUCAAGUACGGAGCCGACCGGCCCUCCUAGCGGUUCUCCCCCAUCCCUGCGCGGGAUCCUCUGCUUGGCGGACAAACACGUCUCACGGACUGGGGGCCGGAGCCCUUCUCCUUCGUUCCGUAUUUUCCUUCCUAGAUUGUCUGUCAGUCAUUAGUCUCUGUGGGGUGUGGGCCCAUUCCCAGGUUCGCCUGACCACAGGUGGGCUUAGUUUCACUCCUUCUCUCUGCCCCAGAGCCAGAGGAGUUGGUGAUGGUUAUGGGACAGCUCUCCGGCGCUCUAGGGUGCGGGAAUCCUGGUCUCACUAACUGCUCCGUCUUAGGACCACAGGUCACUCCAGCCUGGCUGGCAGGGAGCGAGCCCAGGAGCCCACCAGAAUGCCCGGACAUCAGGGAGCAGGGGGUACAUCGGGAGGGUGUGUGGGAGGCAGGGCUCAUAUUUACAAUUGAGCCAUUUGUUUAUUGCAUGACCAAAGUCAGUUAGUCCACGAAUGGGACUAGUUGACUUUGGUCACACAAUGGUGCUGAAUCUUUCCUUUCCACUGAAUCUUUCCACUGACAGAUCGUGAAAUGAAGGCUCUCCAUUCCGAAAAUCUGA